AUGAUUUGUAGAUCGUCUACUAAUCUGGCGAUUAGCCUAGCUUUCAUUGUCUUGUUCAGACCAGCUAAAACUAUUGAUCUUGCCCGAUUUUAUGGACACGUACAUUCCAAACGUUCAGGAGAUGCUUGUCACCCUUACGAGCCAUUCAAAUGUCCGGGAGAGGCAACGUGUAUCUCUAUUCAGUAUUUAUGUGAUGGGGCUCCAGAUUGUCGAGACGGAUACGAUGAAGAUCCUCGACUUUGUACAGCUGCUAGAAGACCACCCGUAGAAGAAACUGCUAGCUUUUUGCAAUCUCUUCUGGCAAGUCAUGGUCCAAAUUAUCUCGAAAAACUUUUUGGCAGUAAGGCAAGAGAUGCAUUAGCACCAUUAGGCGGUGUUAAUAUGGUUGCAAUAGCACUUUCUGGUUAG